GCUGUACAAAAAUUUCUAUUUCUGUGCUCGCCAAUCGGGGAAAAACGGCACGUUUGGGCUUUAAGGCCUAGAAAGAACAAGUUGGGUGAUGGCACAUCAACAGUGGCCAUUGAUGAGGUUUCUUUAACUGUUCAAUUCUGUGUCAUGUUAGAUGAGGAUCACUGGUCACACUUGUUGUAUUCUUAUAGUGUGUUCCUCUUUAUAUUCUUAGGGCAUACACAUUCUUCUUAGGGGCGGACCAAGUAACGGGAAGUUUAUGUCUUACAACACACCC